UUCAGACCCAUAAAGAUGGAGAACAAGAAGCGCCUUGCUUAUUCCAUCAUCCAGUAUCUGCAUGACCAGCUGCAGCAUGGAGGCCUCUCCUCUGAUGCCCAGGAGAGUUUGGAAGCUUCGAUCCAGUGCCUUGAGGCAGCUUUUGAGGUGACUGUUGAAGACAAAAAUCUGGCUAUAUCACAGACUCUGCCAGAAAUAUUUGAAGCUAUCAUAGGAAAAAAAGAGAGGACCUCCAUCCAUAGGAAUUCUGAGCCCAUCCCCGUCCCUGAUGAAGCUACAACUGAAGCUGAGAGACUCAAGACAGAAGGAAAUGAACAAAUGAAAAUAGAAAACUUUGAAGCAGCAGUCUCUUUCUAUGGAAAAGCAAUUGAAUUAAAUCCAGCCAAUGCAGUGUAUUUUUGCAACAGAGCUGCCGCCUACAGCAAACUUGGAAAUUUUGCAGGUGCUGUGGAAGACUGUGAAAGAGCCAUUAGCAUAGACUCUAACUACAGUAAAGCCUAUGGCAGAAUGGGCUUAGCACUUUCAAGUUUAAAGAAGCACAAGGAGGCUGUACUCUAUUAUAAGAAGGCCCUUAAAUUGGACCCAGACAAUGAGACGUACAAAUCAAACCUCAAGAUAGCUGAGCAGAAAAUGAAAGAGGUUCCCAGCUCUACAAGAGGCACUGUAGGCUGUAACAUAGCUGGCUUGCUGAAUAACUCAAGCUUCAGGAGUGUGGCAUCAAAUCUCAUGAAUAAUCCUCAAAUACGACAAAUCAUGGCUGAGGUGAUGUCAGGUGGCCACAAUCCUUUGGGAGCUGCUAGAGCCAGUCGUUCUCCAAAUGCCGGUCCCAACCUCAUCCAAAGAAGCCAGCAGUUUGCCCAGCAGAUGCAGCAACAAAAUCCAGAGUUGAUAGAACAGCUCAGAAGCCAGAUUAGGAAUUGGACCCCCAGUCCCAGCAAUGAUAACCAGCAAGAAUGA